CGAGGGGCGGGACCUCGGGUGGCCCGAGGUGGCCCGGCUGCUGGGUUGGAAGCAGCGCAGACCGACUCAUCCCGGCCUGGGGAUGGCGUCCCCACGGGAAUUGACCCAGAACCCCCUGAAGAAAAUCUGGAUGCCAUACAGCAACGGGCGGCCUGCUCUGCACGCUUGCCCGCGCGGGGUUUGCAUGACCAACUGUCCCACGCUCAUUGUCAUGGUGGGCCUGCCUGCCAGGGGCAAGACCUACAUUUCUAAGAAGCUGACUCGAUACCUGAACUGGAUUGGUGUGCCCACUCGGGAAUUCAACGUUGGCCAGUAUCGCCGAGAUAUGGUCAAGACCUACAAAUCUUUUGAGUUUUUCCUCCCAGACAAUGAAGAGGGCCUGAAAAUCAGGAAGAAGUGUGCCCUGGCAGCCCUCUGUGACGUCCGGCGGUUCCUUAGUGAAGAGGGGGGACAUGUGGCGGUUUUUGAUGCAACAAAUACCACCCGAGAACGGAGAGCAACCAUUUUCAACUUUGGUGAACAGAAUGGCUACAAGACCUUUUUUGUUGAGUCCAUCUGUGUGGAUCCUGAGGUCAUAGCUGCCAACAUCGUGCAAGUGAAACUGGGCAGCCCUGACUAUGUCAACCGUGACAGUGAUGAGGCCACGGAGGAUUUCAUGAGGCGCAUUGAGUGCUAUGAGAACUCGUACGAGUCGCUAGAUGAGGACUUGGACAGGGAUCUGUCCUAUAUCAAGAUCAUGGAUGUGGGCCAGAGCUACGUGGUGAACCGAGUGGCUGACCACAUCCAGAGCCGCAUCGUAUAUUACCUCAUGAACAUCCACGUGACACCCCGCUCUAUCUACCUCUGCCGGCAUGGGGAAAGUGAGCUCAACCUCAAGGGCCGGAUCGGCGGUGACCCAGGACUGUCCCCACGGGGCAGGGAGUUUGCUAAGAGUCUGGCCCAAUUCAUCAGUGACCAGAACAUCAAGGAUCUGAAGGUCUGGACAAGUCAGAUGAAGAGGACAAUCCAGACGGCCGAGGCACUGGGUGUGCCCUAUGAGCAGUGGAAGGUCCUCAACGAGAUUGAUGCCGGUGUCUGUGAGGAAAUGACCUAUGAGGAAAUUCAGGAUCAUUAUCCACUGGAGUUCGCCCUGCGGGACCAGGACAAGUACCGAUACCGGUACCCCAAAGGGGAGUCCUACGAGGACCUGGUCCAGCGACUGGAGCCUGUCAUCAUGGAGCUGGAGAGACAAGAGAAUGUGCUAGUCAUCUGCCACCAAGCCGUAAUGCGCUGCCUCCUGGCUUACUUCCUUGACAAGGCGGCAGAACAGCUGCCCUACCUCAAGUGUCCGCUGCACACAGUCCUGAAGCUGACCCCUGUGGCUUAUGGUUGUAAAGUGGAGUCCAUAUUCCUGAAUGUGGCAGCUGUGAACACGCACCGGGACAGGCCUCAGAAUGUAGACAUCUCGAGACCUCCAGAGGAAGCCCUCGUCACAGUCCCUGCUCACCAGUGACUAUGUCUCAUGUACCAUGACCCCUGGGCAGGUGCUGAUCUCUGCAGACGAGGUCAUCCCAGGCCCCCGUUCAUGUGACAGUCACCAUGCAGGACCAUUCUUGAAGCUACUUGUGACUAAUGGCACCCAGAGCCCCUUCCCCAGCCCACCUGCCUCUUUGUUGACAGUGACAAGGUUUACGUGGUUCCUGAUCUGCUGCUAAGAAUCACUGGGCCAGAUUGCAUCUUCACAGGCUGCUGAGAGGUUGCCCAGCACCAGGUUCUUCUAUUGCAGUUCUUAGGUGUUUCCUCUCACCAGAUUGGUUGGCUUUGUGAAGUGUGAAACCCUAAAUGUGAAAUGGCAAGUGCUGGCUGGGCACAGUGGCUCAUGCGCC